CACGCGUUACCGAAAAAAUCAUCCAAAAAAGGCUUUCUAUCUUCGUCAGGGUCAGAUUCGGACAUAGCAGAAAUACCACACUCCAGUAAAGAUGAAGGCAAUGUCGUGGCACCGAAGGCAUCUCGUCCAGUGCGUGCUACAGCUGCGAAGAAUUUCAACUUUGACGAUAGCCUGGAUGAUUCGGAUAUAAUGCCGAAAAAGAAGGCAACUAGAAAGAAAAAAGCUUUCGAUAGCGACUUCGAAGUCAGUGAUUAA